UUUAUCUUUUUCCGCCAUUUUAGUGACUGAUAAUUUUCUUCAAGCCCGUGUUAGGCAGUGCAUCAAUCAAAGAUUUCGGUGUUUCCAUGUAGGUUUCUCCCAAUCAAAGCGAAGGAAAAGAGGUACAGGUGCCCUCAGAGUUUGGAUUUUUAAUCGCUAUGUUGAGCAAGUUCUACUCGAGUUGACUGGAGAAGGGUCAAUGCAAAAUUCGUAAUUUCUUUCAAAAUCCCAUAUGGAAAUCGAUAAUUCUGAAUUGGGUUUGCCUGGAAAUCAAGCUUCGAUGGAAAUUUCUGGGAUUCACCAGUGUUUUUGUGAUUUAAAUGAAGACCCAACUGGGGGUUUUUGCUUUUGAGGUUUGAAGUUCUUUGGUGGAUUAUCGUUGUUGUUCUUGAAGUUUGAUGUGGUGAAUCUGUUGAGAGUUGUAUUGAUAUUUUUGUAAGGAUUUUGAUACGCGAUCUUCUGUUUGCAAUUUGGUGGAUUGGGAGUUGUUAAUGUACAGCUUUUGGUUUCUUAAUUUGGGGGUUCUUAUUUUGGGGAUUGGAGAGGUUAGGAUAUAGAAUGGAUGAAGCUCAGGGAAGCGGCUUGACUUCGUUGCCUCCAUUUUUAGUCAAAACAUAUGAUAUGGUCGAUGAUCCUUCAACCAAUUCGAUUGUUUCAUGGAGUUCAAGUGAUAAAAGCUUUGUUGUUUGGAAACCACUGGAGUUCUCAUCAGUUUUGUUGCCUAAAUUCUUUAAGCAUAGCAACUUCUCGAGCUUCAUCAGGCAGCUCAAUACUUAUGGGUUCAAGAAGGUGGAUCCUGAUCAAUGGGAAUUUGCCAAUGAUGAUUUUGUUAGAGGUGAGCAACACCUGAUGAAGAACAUCCACAGGAGAAAACCAGUUCAUAGUCAUUCUUUACAGAACCCCCAUGGACAAGGAGUAUCUCCUCCGCUAACUGAAGUCGAGAGAAAGAGCUUCGAGGAUAACAUCGAGACGCUGAAACGGGAUAAAGAGCAGCUUGUUCUUGAGUUGCGGAAACACAAACAAGAGUAUCAAGGAGUUGUGUUGCAAAUGCAGAAUUUGAAAGAUCGCUUUCAAUGUGUUCAACAAGGCAUGCAAUUAUUUAUCAGUCUGAUCGCUCGUUUUUUGCAUAAACCAGGACUUCGCUUGGAUCUUCUGCCACAAUUGGAAACUUCUGAUAGAAAGAGGAGAUUGCCUAGAGUUUCUUACAACAAUAGUGAAGAUAACCUUGAGGAUAAUCAGAUGGGGACAACUCAAACCAUUAGUAGAGAAAAUAUGGAUUGUAGUUUUGAUCCAAUUUUGAAAGAAGAACAGUUUGAACUUCUUGAGACAUCCAUAGCCUUUUGGGAAGGCAUUAUCCAUAGUUAUGGUCAAACAAUUAGUCCACUUGAUUCCAGCUCAAACCUGGAGUUGGGUGGAUCUGUAAGUCAUGCCAGUAGCCCUGCUGUAACUUGCAGGCAAGUUAGUGAGGAGCUUCGGUGUAAAUCACCAGGAAUUGACAUGAAUUUGGAGCCCAUGGCAACCGUUGCUCCUGAAUCUGUAGCCUCGAAAGAUCAGGCAGCUGGAGUCAAAGCUCCAGUACCAACUGGUGUCAAUGAUGUUUUCUGGCAGCAAUUCUUGACGGAGAAUCCUGGUUCAUCUGACCCACAAGAAGUUCAAUCAGCCAGAAAAGAUUCUGAUGUCAUAAUCGAAGAAAACAGACCGAGCGAUCAAGGAAAUUUUUGGUGGAACACGAGGAGUGUAAAUAAUGUUGUAGAACAGAUAGGGAACCUCGCUCCAGCAGAGAAAUUUUCAUAGUAGGUUGAUUGUUUUUCUGAACUACUGAUUUUCCUUAGCUCACAUGUACAUAAUUUAUUAUAAAAUGGAACAUUUGGGCUCUCAUCUAUGUCUUUCUUCA